AUGUUCGGGAUCUGGGGGACCUUCAGCAGUGUGGUUUUCUACCUCACCCUGGCUGUGGGCCUCGGGGGGCUGCUGGGCAACGCGCUGGUGCUCUGGCACCUCGGCUUCCACAUCAAGAAGGGCCCCUUCGCCGUCUACGUGCUCCACCUGGCUGCCGCGGACUUCCUGUUCCUGGGCUGCCAGCUGGUCUUCUCGGCCGUGCAGGCGGCCCUGGGCUCCGAGCACAGCCUCUACUUCGCGGUCACCUUCGUGGCCUUUUCCGUGGGCCUCUGGCUGCUGGCGGCCUUCAGCGCCGAGCGCUGCCUCUCCGACCUCUUCCCCACCUGCUACCAGGGCUGCCGCCCCAGACACACAUCGGGCGUCGUCUGUGGCCUCAGCUGGGCCUUGGCCCCGCCGGCCGUGCUGCUGACCACUGACGCCUGCGGCCUGCUGCGCAAGAGCGCGCGCCCGCUGGCCUGCCUGCGCUACCACGCGGCCAGCGUCGCCGGGCUGCUGGCCCUGGCCUGCGCGGCCUUCGCGGCUGGCCUGGUCCUCUUUGUCUGGGUGGCGUGCUGCUCCCAGCGCCAGCGCCCGCGGUUCUACGGUGCCGUGCUGGGCUCCGGGCUCCUGCUGCUCAUCUGCGGCCUCCCCUACCUCCUCUGCUGGACCCUGCGCCCGUACCUCCCGAGCUUCCUGCUGUCCACCUUCUUCCCGCUGGCCACCCUCCUGGCCUGCGUCCACUGCAGCGCCAGGCCCCUCAUCUACUUCAUGGUGGGCCGGCAGCCGGGCCGGUGGAAGCCUCUGCGGGCGGUCCUCCAGCACUCCCUGGGGGAGGGUGCCCAGCUGGGGGCUAGCGGGGUCUCCCUGCCCAUGGGCCGUGUGUAG